CAUCCCCAUACUGACUGAAGGCAUUUUUGCAAAAAUGCUUCUGUUUUAGAAUAGCUCCAUGGCUAGUCAGAAUAGUAAAUAAAUAUGUAGGGUGAAGCUGGCCCCAUCCGAUGAUGGAGAGCUGGCACCAGAAUUACCAUCUAGUUUGUCUCUGGACCCAAAUUUGAAUUCCAGGGAGAUUUUGGAGAUGAACAGGGCCCAAGCCGUGAACCAAGGUCCGGGCCGCCAAGACAACCCACAGCCACAGGCCCCAAACCAAGAUGCCACCAACAUGGGAGAAAACAAUAGUUUUCUUGGGCUUUCCUUCCCAAGAAAGCUUUGGAUGAUUCUGGAGGACAACGCUUUCACAUCAGUGCGCUGAAAACAUGCCAGGGCCACCGUGAUCAUCGUCGACAAAGACCUUUUCCAGAGGGAGGUUCUUCACCGCCAAGGUGCAGACAGAAUCUUCGAAACCAACAGCUUGAAGACUUUUCUCCACCUGAUGAACCUGCAAGGGUUCAGCAAAAUACGUGAAACCGAGCCCUGGGGGUUGAGUCCCCCAGAGAAUAAGAGAAUGAUGAGACACUAUGGAGAAAUGAGAACGUCCAGGCUGUCCUAUGAACCUACAACCCCCUGAGGUGGAGGGUGCAGAUCUACCACAACGCCAACUUUCAGAGAGACACGCCUUUUCUGCUCAGGAAUAUUCAGAGGAAAGGUGCCCCUACAGUCACCACUGCCUUGCUAGGGACGGUGCGACAGCUCCCAAGAAGAAGCGGGCAGCAGCAGCAAGACACAAGGCAUCCACCAAAGUCGACGAGAAGGUCCCUGGAGAAGCCCCAAGUGCUCAGAGCCCCAGCAGUAGCCGGUCCUUCACCUGCUCUGGCCCUGGCUCUAUGAGCAGCACAGCUGGGCAGGCCUUGGGAAACGGUGGCCCAAGGGGGGAGGGCCCCUCCAGGAAUGGCACGUUUGCGCCCCCGGCUACUGCCGGAAGGGACGGCACAGAUGGUGUGGUGAUGGCUCUGAAUAACACCUGUUAUUCCAGCCUGCGGGUGGCCCUUUCGGUCAUGUCCCCAGACGAGGCCCCCAGUGAGAACAAGGAGCAGGAGGGCCCUCUGUGUGUCCGCUGUGAGCAUGUCAAGGAACCUCCGGGUCCCUAAACUCACAGGCCACUGAUAACAAAUAACAUUUACCAUGUGUCACCAUCAAUCUAUUUUUGGCUUUAAUAGAGAAAAACACAAUUCUGCAUGAGUAAAUAGUCUGACUGGAAA